GGCGCUAUAUCAUUUCCGUAAAAAAACUGUACAAUACAAAUACGAUACCGCAUUAAUCGAACCAAGAGUGUUUUUUUCUUAUCAAGUUUUGCACCGCACAUGUUACCCUGGAAAAAUACUCUGUCAGGGACUUAAAGGCAUUACAUAAAGUUAUCGUUCUUGAAACGGCCUGCACACGAAUUCUAUUUAUAAUCAUCGUUUUCCGUAAAACGUGUAAUUUGAGCUGCGUCGCUUGCAAACUCUUACAACAGGUUCAAGUGCAUAGAAGAGAACGGCAGCCAUGGGAGCGUUUUCUAGUUUUUUCGGUUGUUUAGUUGUUAUUCUGGUAACGUUGGGCGGUAGCCAUGGUUACGAGUGCUGCACGAGCUACACGGACAUCAUCGGGAAUUACCACCCCUCGCAGUUGUGCGCGGACUACUGCUGUGUGGACAUCAAUCCCACCAACUUUAAGGUCUGCUGUGACGACCGGUCACGACAGGUUCCAUCCUCCCAAAGGGAUCAGGAUUCGUGUACAAAAGACUGGAUCGAGGAACACAUCUGGGUGCCAAUCGUUUGCGGCCUUGUUCUGCUUGGCCUGAUCGUGCUGCUGACCUGCUGCUGUUGCUGCGGAUGUUGCGCCUGCUGCCGUCGCAGCGGUAGUGGUGGGUUGGUGAUCCACUCAGCCGUACCUCAGACCAGCGUGAUCAUGUCUACGCAGCAAACUACGAACGUCAUGCACGCCGGAUACAAUCAGUAACUCCGCGGACUUCAGGGGAAGUAAUACGUAGCCAAUGCUAACGGACGUUAUAUUGCAUUGUGCGAAGGGACGGAACUCGUUAUAUCUGGAAAAAAUGACUGCAUGACAAACAUGUCAAGUUAAUUAAUCCAUAACAAACAAUAGCUUAUGUAUUCUUGUUCAUAGUAAUAACAUUCUCUCAUUUACAUAUAAUACGAUAACGUUAGUAAUUGUAAUAAUUUCAAGCUCAACUUAUAUGUUAUUUUUGUGUUAAAUACUAGAGUUUGUAUUCAAAUGUAUAAAUACUAUUAUAUUGUUAUUCUUUUUAAGUUCCGAACUUUAACAUAACAAUGAACGCGUUGUGAUAUUACCCUGAACCAUAUGUUUACAUUAUAAUAAUGUAAUGUAAACAUGUACUUUUGUUUUAGAAACUUUACCACGAAAAUAAUUUCAAGUAAUUAUUUUUUGCAUAUUUGUUUUUCAUUUUAUUAAAAAAAGAACAUCAACGUGUUUUUAAUUUAAAAACAAUAGGAUAUAUGUUCAAACAUGAAGACAAAUUGAUUGAAAAGAAAAACAAAAAUGUUCUUAUUUGUGCUGUCUAUUAUGUAGAAAAGAGUGAGAAAACGCCUGUUGUAUCAUGUCGUUUCUUAAUCUUUAACUCUCGCUAGUGGUUUGUUUGAGUCAUCUGAAUUUCAGUGUUGUGUAUGUAACAUUGUUUGAAAUUUACCCUUAUGAAUCUGCCUAUUUGUAUAUAGACCUCUUCUUACAUGUUCAUUUUAUAAAAGAUUAAAAGCACGCGUUCAUAACAAUGUAAACAUUUGUACAGUAUCCGCAAUAUGAUGAAUGUACACUUAAAAACCAUAAAUAUUUUUUUAUAUCAAAAGUCUUGGACAGAAAACAACGCAUAUUAUAGUGAUUUUUUACACGUAUUUGUCACGUAAAACCAUCUAUGCAAUUCAUUUACUUAUUGAACACUGUCUUUAUUCAAUAUCACAUAACGUCUUGUUGUCUGUCCCUCUAAAUAAUGUUUAAGUCAACUGAAACGUUUAAGUGCCUUUAAGGUGUCUUUGUAUUAGGUACUCGGACCAUGUGCGGAUAGAUACUUAUACAUCGCCUUCUUAACUAUUGGUUUCACGACCAACACGUAGCUUUACUUACUUGUCCAUGUAUGUACAUUUAUCAAAGGGACCUGGCUAUGAGGAUUACGAUUCUUUUGUAAUGUCUUUUUCUGUUAAUUGAUAAAGGUGUAAUUUUAUCGUUUGCAAAUACAUACACUUAGUAGAGUUAAAUGAUUGUACAUGGGGCCAAAUAUGUGUUGUACACUUAGUUUUAUUUUAACAGCUUUUAUUUUCUGUGCUUAUAGUACUAUUCUUUUUUCAUGUAUAUCCGUGUAAUAAAUUUCUCUAUAAAAGUA